CAGCGAGGCAUGAGAAUUAUAAAUGGAAAAGCAUUGAAGACGACUGGCUGCCAAGAGCCAGAGGAACGAGGAGAAGCCGGCGAUCGAGCGGAGCAGGAGGGCCUCCGAGAAGGCGGAGGGCCCGCGGUGGAAGUGCCAGCCGUUUUGUGUACUAAUUGUUGCUAUUGUGUUGACCACCACUGUACUGUAGUGCCGUGUACUUGUGCGCCUGCGCAACAGACGCGCGAACGAGAGAAGCCAUGCUCGGCUGGAGCGGGAGCAAGUGAGACGGCCAACUGUGCGAGUGGAAUCGAGUUCAUCAACUGGCAGUGGAAACAGCAGAUGUUUUCCAAUGUUUGGCGGCUGUUGCUGCUCUUGGCUCUUAUUCAUUCUUCCUCCUCUGCCCUGCCCCCUGCCCAAAAAAAAGAGCUCCUUUGUGCUCAGGGCAAGGCUGCCAUGCAUCCAGCAGAUUCGGACUAA